UCGGCGUGCCCCACCAUGUCAGACACGGCUGUGGACACCAGGUCUGAGAUCGCCACCAAGGACUUGAAGGAGAAGGAAGUGGUGGAGGAGGCAGAGAAUGGGAGAGACGCCCCCGCCAACGGCAACGAGAAUGGGGAGCAGGAGGUCGACAACGAGGUAGACGAAGAAGAGGAAGAGGGCGGGGAGGAAGAGGAGGAGGAGGAGGAAGGCGAUGGUGAGGAAGAGGACGGGGAUGAGGACAAGGAGGCCGAGGCCGCCACGAUCAAGCGGGCAGCUGAAGACGAUGAGGAUGACGACGUGGACGCCAAGAAGCAGAAGACCGAGGAGGAUGACUAGACAGCAAGACAGGCAAAGGCAGAGUUACAGAAAAGGCCGCCGUGACCUAUUCACCCUCCACUUCCCGUCUCAGAAUCUAACGUGGUCACCUUCGAGUAGAGCGCCGGCCGCCCCCUGGGCAGUGCCACCGCGCCCGCCACCACCCCACCAAAACCACAAUGAGAAUUUGCAAACAGCGGAGGAAAAAAAAAAAAAGCAAACCAAAACUCCCGAGGCCCUGCUUUCUUUCUUAAAAGUACUUUAAAAAGGAAAA